AUGAAGUACAAGAAGAGCCGCGAGGCCACGCGCCUCGAGUCCAACGGCGACGGCGGCUCGCAGAAAGGCGGUGGCGAUGUGCCGCCGAGCAUCCAGCUGGACAUCAUGGAGCACCGUGGCGCCGCUGCCGCCGGCGGCGGCGGCGGGCUCGGCACCGGAGGUCCCGGCUCGGCGUCCUUCUUCGAGCCGUGGCCCGAGCCGACGCCGGGCAGCGGGAGCGGCCACGGCAGCUCCGGAAGGGCCGGCGGGCAGGAGCCGCCCGAGAAGCGUCUCACGCUGUUCGCGCUCCGGCUCGCCGUGCUCGAGAAAGCGGCGAGUGGGCUCGGGAAGCUCGACUUCGUGUGGGCCACCGUCGUGCUCCUCGGCGGGUUCGCGAGCACGCUCUGCAUCACCGACUUCUGGUGCGUCACCGUGAUCCUCGUCGGCGAGGGCGCGCGCGUCAUCAGCCGCAGCCACGAGCUGGAGUGGCAGCACUACGCCACGCAGACCUCCACCGCGGGCGGCGCGUUGCGCUCCAGCUCCCGCUUCUUCCGCCACAUCAUGCGCGCCAUCGUCGAUCCGGCUGCCGCGGCCGCCGGAGGCGGCGGCGGGCGCGACGACGACGCGCGCGCCAGGGCCGCGCUGUUCCAGCGCCAGAUCGUCGCCUUCAUGAGGCAGCGCGCCUGGCACGCGCCGGACGUGUCGCUGCUCCCCUACACCGGCUGGGUUUUCGUGUCCAGGAAGAUCGGCAGGCUGCUCAACUGGCUGCAGGUGCUCUCCGCGCUCGCCUGCGUCGCGCUCUCGGUGAUGCGCCUCUGGAAGCACGACUUCGGCGACCCCGACGACAGCCGCAACAUGAGGCCGGCGCUCCUGCUCUUCUACACGCUGGCGCUCGUGGAGGCGUUGCUCUUCCUGUUCGAGAAGGCGUACUGGACGUGGAAGGUCUCCGUCUGCAAGCUGCUCCACCAGGUGAGCGACGAGUGCGAGCUGGGCGCGUACGGGCUCGUCUCCCUCAAGCGCUUCUUCUAUGACGCCUACUCGCGGUGCAUCGCUGGGAGCAUCUUCGACGGCAUCAAGAUGGACCUCGUCACCUUCGCGGAGGAGCUCAUCCUCUCGGACUUCCUCGACGAGCAGCUCAUCGCCGUGCGCAUCCUGCAGCAGUUCGCCAACAGCGAGCGCUCCGCGAGCGACACGCUGCGCAAGGUCGGCACCACCCCGAGGUCCAUCGAGCGGCUCGUCGAGAUGCUCAACUGGAAGCGCCCCGAAGAGGAGGAGGUGCGACGGUGCGCCGCCGAGAUCGUGUCCAAGCUCGCCGGCAAGCGUCAGAACGCGCUCCGGGUGUCCGGCAUCCCUGGCGCCAUCGAGUCCGUCACGUCCCUGCUCUACACCGGCAGGGGUCCGCCCGUGUCCGGAAUGCACCCGCAGCUGCCCGGUGCUCCCGCCGACGACAAGCACGGGGCCUCACCGGCGAGCCGCGGCUACGACCACCUGCCGUUCAACCUGCUGGGCCUGCUCAUCCUCAAGAGGCUCGCCAGGGACCACGACAACUGCGGCAAGAUCGGGAACGCGCGAGGCCUGCUCGCCAAGGUCAUCAACUUCACGCAGGCGUCGCCGGUUCUCCUCCGGAACCCGCACGUGACCGACUCGCAGGUGAGCGCCGUGAAGCGCGCGCUCAAGGUGGUCAAGAUGCUCGUGUCCACGACGGGGAACACGGGGAAGGCGCUCCGGGAGAGCGUCGCGGAGAACGUGUUCACGGUGAGCAACCUGCGCGACAUACUGCGGUACGGGCAGCAGCACAGGGAGCUGCAGAAGCUUGCCACGGACGUACUGACUGGGCUGGCCAUGGACGACAGCGGCAAGGAGGCCAUCGUGGCCACCGGAGGCGUCGUCAAGCUGCUGCUGUCGAUGUUCUUCAAUUCCCAAGAGACGGAACUCGGCUGCGAGGCCGGCAAAGCGCUGGCGAUGCUGGCGCUGGAGAGCGAGGCCGGCUGCGCGGCGAUACUCAAGCGCGCCGACGUGAUGGACCAGCUCGUGUCGGCGUUGCAGGACGGCGACGCACGGCGCCUGAACGCGGCGCGGGUGCUGCGGAACCUGUGCGCGUACUCGGGGCAACAGCAGAGGGAGCGGCUGCGCGUGGUGACCAGGGCCCUGCCGGCGGUGCUGAAGGCCACCAUGGUGGACAGAGAUAAAAUACUCGAGGUGUCCGUCGGACUGACGACGGUGAUCUGCAAGUUCAUCGACGGCGAGCAGUUUGCCGCCGAGCUGCGCGGCGCCGGCGUGGCGGACGAACGGGCAUACGUGGAGCGGCUGGCGAGCAUCCUGGGGCAGUACAGGUAUCCGGAGAUCAGGGUCCCGCGAAUGCGACGGUUCGUGGUGCAGCAGGUCAUCUGGCUGGUGACGAAUUCGGGCGGCCGCGGCGAUGACGGCGGCGGGUACGUUGAGCUCCUCACGGAGGUGGGCAUGCAGCGGCUGCUAGAGUCUAUCGCCGACACCACGUCGGAGCUGGAGUGCUACCACGUUUUCUCAGGAAGCGUGGGCAUCAGCAAGCACCGUAAGAGCUUCUCCGACAUCGUAGACUCCGCGCUGGAGCUGAUCGACGGCAGGCGGCAGCGGUGA